GGUUCAAAAAGAGGAUAUUCUCAAACUGAUUAUUAACUGAUUCUGUUUAGUAUUUGUGUGUGAGCUGUUUAAUUUCUGGUCAAUCAAUCAUCUACAAUUUUUAAGAGCAAGGCUAGAGCUGGUUAUUAAUAUUUGUGUUGUUUUCUUAUUUAUGGUCAAUGUUGAUGGGCUUUUUUCAUACAUUUCCGUUUUAUACGUAUAAUAGUGUGACAAGAAAAAAAUAAAUCAAAACAGUGUGUAAGGAAAAUAACUAGUAAGCCCGGCCCACAGAACUUCGCAUCUGUUCUACAUUACGCAUGGACGCUCCUAGCCCAUUUAUUUAAUGGAAUAAAACCAGUCGUCCAAUAUGUUAUUUUCAUUCAACUUAAUACUCUCUCUCUAUUUCAUUUUAAUUGCCAUUUUACUAUUUUUUUCUUAUUACAUAAAUAAUGUCAUUCUAUAAUUACAAUACAAUUCAUACAUACUUUUAACUCAAUAUAUUAAUUGUAAAAUUCAUUGAUCUUAUAAAUAAAUGUAUAUAUCUAAAAGAGAAAUUUUCUAAGAUAAUUUUUUUAAGUUUUUAUCACAAAAAUAGUAUUAAAUGAAAAAAAUGAUCAAAAUAAAUUUUAUUAAAAUAUAAAAAUACAUUUUUACUAUAGGGUUAACUAAUUUAGACUUAGGGUUUAGAGUUAAGAGUUAAGGGAUGGAGUUUUGGAGAUAAAGUUUCAAAUUUAAAAAAAUAAAAAUAAAAAAUUUCAAAAUAAAAAGAAGCUAUUUUGAUCUUUUUAGGUUUUGUGACAAAAAACUUAAAAAUGACUAUUUGAAAGAAUUGACAUAUCUAAAAUGUUAUUGGUUAAAUAAAUGACAUUAAAGAAAACAUAAAUGCAUUUCAAUCAGCUUUUUAAUAUGUGUAAAAAAUAUCUAAGUGACCGACAUUUUUUGUGAAAUGGAAAGAGUAUAAAUUUUUGAACUAAUGAAUUUAUCCUUUUUAGUUUUCACCUCUGCAUUUUAAUCACAACUGUUUUAUGAAUAUAGCAAGUUACGUCCGAUUUGGAUUUAUGGUAAAUUAUCCUGUAGAAUUGUAAACUGUAUUUUAAGCUUUUUCUGUCAAGUCUUAAAUUCUCCAAAGUCCGAACUUUGAACAAACAGCAUACAAAUCAGGAAGGUCACAACCUCUCAGUUUUCUUGGAGGCGUUAUGCCUACGUUAUUGGACCAAUCACGACUUUGCACCUCCAAAUUUAAAGUCCAACUCAACUACCAUAUAAACUUUAAGUCAUGCCAAAUAUCUUCUGUAAAAACUAUCCUCGAGCUUGCAUGGUACAUUGAAUCUCACUCAAUUGAGCAAUAUCAACGUUUUAAUAUCAUUUAUACUUGGAAAAUAAGAGUUUACGGCGUUAAUUAUUGUUCUCUUAUUUCCCAUCUUUACUGAUUUUUGACCCGUAAUGUCGUCGUUUUUUUUUUUGAAUGAUAAGUUUUUUGGGCUUCCAACUUAAAACCAAUUGGCAAUUAGUGGAUUGACCCAAGUCCUUUAUAUAUUACUCAAGUCCCUUUCAUAUAAUAUAUUCGAUGUGGGAUCUUCUCUCCAAUACCCCCCCUCGAGAUAAUGGUGCGUAUAACCGUUAAUCUCGCAGAAUCCAUCAUACCCCCUCUGAAAUCAUGCUUUAUUUUCUAGCGAUCUCGGCGGAACUGAGCCUUCUAUGGGCCAUCAGCUAAUGGGAUGAUCGGGCCACUGUCCGGGUCGGAUUAAUGGGUCAGAGUAUUGGGCCCGCUCUGAUACCAUGAUAAGUUUCUUGGGCUUCCAACUUAAAACCAAUUGGCAAUUAAUGGAUUGGCCCAAGUUCUUUAUAUAUUACUCAAGUCUCUUUCAUAUAUUCGAUGUGGGAUCUUCUCUCCAAUAAAUGUUGAAUAUAUUUUUCGAUAAAGAUCACUUUCACACCAAUGUUCUAAGAUCUUCGAUGUGUUUACCACAUUUGGAAGAGACUUAACAUUUAGAAUACCGAUCUACUCGAGUUCAUUUCCCGAAAUCUUAAACUUUUACAAAUAAACAUUAUCAUUUGUGUUUACGUUUUAUAUCUUCAUUUAGCAUCCAAAAUCGAGAUGAUUAGAACUUUAUGAUAAGAAAUGGGAUAAUAUGAAGCUCAGCUAUUUUAAAGUUUAUAUUUUUGAUUCAAAAAGUUAUAUAAAAAUACUUAAAACAAAAAUUAUGAAAAAGAUGUGAUAAUAGCCAGACAAAGAGGCAAUCAUAGGCAUCUAUAUGUUUUACUCAGGACAUAUCUUUGGCCCCUCCAUGAUUUCAUUCUUUGACUCUCCAAUUUUUUAAAAUUUCUUUUAAGUAGCAAAAUAUAUAAUUAUGAUGUGUAUAUGUAUAGACACACGAUAUAUAUACAUAUGUGAAUUUGUUUUUUCUCUUUUUCCUUUGGUGGGUUUUUACCGUUGGGAUUGAGAUUCUCUUUGUGUAUCCAUAACUCGUAACUCUUAAGUCUUAACAAUAAAGUUACAAAUGCAUGGUAUAGAUAACUUGUACCUGUUUUGUGAAGUGGACUUGUUUCUGACCUACUCUUGAACUAGGUCCAUUAGAGGAUUUUGGUAAAGGCAUUUUUAGUUUUUAAUUCUUUCUUUCUGUUGCAUUGUCUAUUAAAAGAAAAGAAAAAACAAAAAAGGAUCUUACUAUAGACAUUGAUAAUUAUAUUGUCACCACCAGGUCGAGAAAUUUCAAUACGUUUGGAUGGUACCGUCCAACGGCUCUAGAAUAUUUGGCAAUUUGAUUUAGAUUCUUAGAACCAUAACAAUAGAAAUUGGUCGAAGAGAGUUCCAAGAUUUAAAACUAGUAAACUACAAUCCAUGAAUCCAAUCCAGAAAUCUCAACUCAUGGACCCAUCGUUGUGGAGCCUACAUUAUCUUUCAUUCAUACAUCAUAAAGAGCCGUAUGAGGUUCUUACACAUACCACUUUCUAGAUUAAACCUAUUUUAGUCAAAUAGAUUCACCUAGUCUCUUCGGAGAGCGUCGUCGGAGCUAGAGCUGCUCUUGCUCGUUCCGCCUCCUUCCAAGCUUUGUUGGUUGGUUUAUUCAACGUCGAUUCUGACUAUUUCAUGCUCGUGGUAGUAACCUAUUUAGGGGUGCAUCUGAUGAUUUCCCACGGUUCUCCGGUUGUCGAACAAGUAUCUCUCGUUAAGUUCGUUAUGUCUUGUUUUGCUGUUUUGUUGGUGUUCAUUAAACUGUCGAGGUUCCCUCCAAUUUUUAUCUUGUUACCGGAUGUAAUAAUUUAAAACCCUUUUAGAUUUAAUAUAAUCGUUUGUUUGACAAAAAAAGUCAAAUUUUUAAAUUCAGCGUUACCGGAAAUCAAGAAUUUUAAUAGGGUUUUUCUGCAAUAGAUUUUCCCCAUUUAUUCAUAAAAUUACAAUUCCUUAUAUGACAAUAUAAUUUUUCUUUGGGAAGAAUUCUUUGAUAUUCUAUUUUACUUUUAUGAUUAAAACAUGAAGCUUAUUCUUAUUCAUGAAGUUUAAGUCUACGGUACACGUUUUUUUUCCAGUCUUGAAUUUCAUUAAUUCGCUUUGUCCCUUCAUCACCUUUGACCGUAUAUAUAUAGUAUGAUGAAAAAAAAACGAAGAAGAUUGAUUAUACGAUAUAACUUUAUAAUCAUUACAGUCAAGAUACUCAAGAUCACUGAAAGAAACAUAUCUCCAUCUGGAAUAUUAUGAAUUUGUAUGAAGCGUGCAAUAAAUAUGUUUGAAGAAAAUAAAAUACUUCUUUCAUCCAAAACAGAAAAGAACAAAGGAAAUUAGCAAGCUUAAUAGUAAUAGUUAACAGUACUUUCAGGAUUAUUUCAUUAAACAUUUUUAUGGUAAAAGGAAACUAUUGUCUGAAUUUGAAAGUUGAAACAUAUGUAAUUAAAAAGAAUAAUUGGCAUGAUUUCUUAAUUCAUGCUAACGUAAACGGAUCUCCAAGGUGACCAUCUAAUAAUAAUAUAUAUUUCAAAUUAAAAAUAUUCGCUUUAAGAUAUCCUUUUUAACUACAAACACGAAUAUAUAAUAAGAAAAUAAAGAGAUGGUGUGGUCCAUAUGAUGGGUACACUGCUCAAAUUGCCUUACUUGUCAAGCAACCUCUUAAUUCCUUUCUCUCUGCAGAAAUUGAACUUAAAAUAAUCGAAAAGGAAACCCAAAUUUGAAUAACGAAAGAAUAAUGAUCACUUCCCCAGCUCGAUGCCCAUGUGACCUCUCUUCAUCUUCUCGUAUUUUCUUCUCUUUGAUAUAUAACCCAUCUCUUCUUCUUUGUUUGUUUCUUAAUUUAUUAAUUUUCUUAUGUUCUUAACCUUCGAUCAACAUAUUCAAAAGUAAUCAAUUUAAUUACUUAACUAGAUGUUUAGAUGGUGACCUUAGUGACGUUUAUCCUACAAAUCAAAAUUUUAUGAAAAGCAGGAUGAAGUAAUUAUAGUUUUUUUUGUAACUGAACUAUAGUUGUCAAUAUGGAUUUUUAAUAUGUUAUAUAUAGACCAUAAAAAUGUAAGAUCGUAUUUUCUUGUAAAAACCGAUGUAUAGUUCGUUUAUUUAAAAUUUUAAAAUUUACAUAAAGAGUACACACAGUGACACAUACACUGUCACACACACACAUCCAUAAUAUAUGUAUGUACGUAUAUCAAAUGAUAAGUUAAGUAUACAUUGUCCAAAUAUCAUCUAAAAUAGACUAUGCAUAAUAUUGAUAUCUUUUCCAACAUGAAACACACAUUUUAAUCAUAGAGAUAAUAUGUAUAAUAUUGAUAUCUUUUGUAGUCAGUCUAUACCUAAGUUGUAUCAAGUUUUCGAUGUUUUAAGGUAUGCUCUAUGUGUACAGUCUAUAUAUUGACACGUAUACAUUGCACAUUUAAAUGUAUAUAAGCAUAACUGCAUAAGUAAAUCUAAUCUCGAAUACAAAAAAGUGUAUGAACUGUGUAGAUAUAUGUAAACAAACCGCUUCAAAGGCUCAUAGCGGCUUCUUAAACCGGCAAAGGCAAAAGAAAAUUAAGGUGGGUCAGUGAAUGGGUUUCAGAGCCACCUUUUCCUUUUUCUCGCUUGCUUCUUCAGUUAAAGUUUGAGAUAGACACACAUAUAUGUAUAUAUAUUUUAUUAUUAUAUGGUAUUCUAAUCCCCUAAAAAAGCUCUCGUAUGUUUUUAUUAAUUUAUAUCCUUCAAAUCCCAACUCUCAUACUUUCUCUUCUUCUCCCCCCCCCUCCUUGUCAUUUAUUAAUUCUCUCUCCUCUUUGCAAUUUCUCUCUCUCUCUCUCUUGAUUUGCAGAUCUUAUUCUGCUCGACCAAGUUUGUUCCUUUUAGCAUAAUUUGAGGGUUAAUUCCCCAUAAAUUCUUACUUUGUCUUGUUGUGUCGGUUAGGUUUUCAAGAAAACCCCUCUUUUGUCUUGUCUCCUCAAAAUCAGUGGUUUAUUUGUCAAUAAUAAAAGAGGGUUUUGUUCAAGUCUUCUCUCUCUAGUCUCUCUCUAUAUAUAUAAAUACUCAACUCUCCGAAAUGAUCAGAAGCUCUUUGUUAUUAUCUCUUGACCUACGCACAGACGGAUAAGAGAAAGUGACCAAAGGAAUUAGGGAUCGAGAUGAACAAGAGUAAUCCUGCUGGCUCAGUUACCGGUUCAGAUAUAAUUGACGCAAAGAUCGAAGAGCAUCAACUUUGUGGAUCCAAUAAGUGUCCCAGCUGCGGCCACAAGCUCGAGGGCAAACCACAGAAUUGGGUUGGUUUACCCGCAGGAGUGAAAUUUGACCCAACGGAUCAAGAGUUGAUAGAACAUUUAGAGGCAAAAGUAUUAGUUAAAGAAAUGAAAUCUCACCCUCUAAUUGACGAAUUCAUCCCCACCAUUGAAGGCGAAGACGGCAUUUGUUACACGCAUCCCGAGAAACUUCCCGGAGUGACUAGAGAUGGUUUAAGCAGACACUUUUUUCAUAGACCCUCAAAGGCUUAUACGACGGGAACAAGAAAGCGAAGAAAGAUUCAAACGGAAUGUGACAAUAGUAUGCAUGGAAGUAGUAGUUCCGGGGAGACGAGGUGGCAUAAGACCGGCAAGACAAGACCGGUUAUGGUAAACGGUAAGCAAAAAGGUUGUAAAAAGAUUUUGGUUUUGUAUACCAAUUUUGGUAAGAAUCGAAAACCGGAGAAAACCAAUUGGGUAAUGCAUCAAUAUCACUUGGGGACACAUGAGGAAGAGAGAGAAGGAGAGCUUGUUGUGUCUAAGAUCUUUUAUCAGACUCAGCCUAGGCAAUGCAAUUGGUCGUCAUCUACGUCAAGUCUGAACGCUAUAGGUGGUGGAGGCGGUGAAGCGAAUAGUGGUGGAGGCGGUGAAGCGAAUAAGAUGAGGAGAGGUAGUGGCACUACCAGUGGUGGGAGUUGUUCCUCGUCUAGAGAGAUUAUGAAUGUUAAUCCUACAAAUCGAUCUGAUGAAGUAGGUGGUGUUGGUGGUGGCGCUAUGGCUGUAGCGGCUGCUGCGGCGGCGGUUGUGGCUGGUCUCCCGAGUUAUGCAAUGGAUCAACUAAGCUUUCUUCCUUUUAUGAAGAGCUUCGAUGAGGUGGCGAGGAGGGAAACUCUUCACACCGGGCAAGCUACAUGUGAUGAUGUUAUGGCAGAACAACUUCGUCAUCGUCAUCAAGCAUCACCAUCAUCAACAUCAUCACAUCAUGUGGCUCAUCACCAUCAUCAGCAUCACCAUCAGCAACAACAACGGUAUCAUGCAUUCAACAUAAGCCAGCCUACACAUCCAAUAUCAACCAUCAUUUCUCCAUCUACAUCGCUUCACCAUGCCCCCGUUAAUAUCCUUGACGAUAAUCCUUAUCGUGUUCAUAGAAUUUUGCUCCCUAAUGAAAAUUACCAGGCACACCAACAACAACAAGACCAAGAAAGAGACGAGCAACACAAUGAUGGGAAGAUGGGAGGAAGGUCAGCUUCUGGAUUGGAAGAACUCAUAAUGGGCUGCUCUUCUUCGAACACUCAUCAUGAUGUAAAAGAUGGAUCAUCAUCAAUGGGGAACCAACAAGAAGCAGAAUGGUUGAAGUACUCAACAACAUUUUGGCCAGCCCCUGACUCUUCUGAUAAUCAAGAUCAUCACGGGUAAUUGUGCCAUUUUCCAGUCUGAUGAUCAUGACCCUCAUCACAAAGUGUUGUUGCCACUUAUACCUAUCAUGGUGGUUAUCUUCAUCGUCGUCAUCAUCAUAACAUCUCCACAGAAAAUGGUAAAUCCAUCGAUCUUUCACCAAAGAAGUUAUAUAUGCAUGAAUUUGACAUGGUGAAGGGUAUUUAAGCUGCGCCAAAAAAAAUCAAGUGUUUUGGUAAAAAAGUUAAAGAAGGGAAGCGAAAAAAGAAGUAUAAUCUGUUUUUGGAAAUAGAAGAAGAAGAAGAAAAAACAAGGAAUUCUGCAUCAAAACCAUCAAUAAUGCUAUAUAGAACCAUAUAUAUGUUUAUUUUAAAAUUCAUUUUCUUUGUUCAUUAAAUAUCAUCGUCUGUUUUUUCUUUCUUUAGAAUGAACCGUACAAUCUGUUUUUUUUUGUUUAAUAUAUAUGCCGGUAAAUAAUAUUCCUUCUGUUUCAGAAAGAUCCAUAUUAUAGAAAAAAAAAUUGUUUCAAAAAGAUA